AUAUAUUUAAGGGGAACAAAUAAUGCGUGUAUACUUCAAUCAAUCUUCACUAUUCCUUCAAGUCAGUUUCAUCAAGGAAUUCUAAACCGACUCAUCAUUUGAAGAAACUGAAUGAAAUGAAGAAUUUGACUAUAAAAUGGAUCCAGUUGAAGUUAGAAAUGACAAGGUCAAUUUAAUCUUGAAUAGAGAAGAAAGACAGAUGAAAUUAAUUCUUCAUAUAUAUUCUUUACUACUUCAAAGGAUCAAAAAAUUGGUUUCUAUUUCAAGAAGAAAAAAUUGUAUCAAAGUUCAACAUGAUACUAUGAAUUGUCUUCAAGGUGCAAUGGAUUCACUUAAACAAGAGAGUAAUACAAAUUCUGGAAGUAUAUGGACUACCAUUCAUCUACUCAAUCGAUGUCUUGGUGAACAAAUUCAAUACGCCUACAAUCAUACAAUGGGUUAUCAAUCACUGAAUGAAUUAAUCGGCUUAUUAUAUUCAUGGUCAGAGGAAAUGAAUUUUCACUGGAGGGAAAGACAAUUUUCAGGAGUAUAUGAAGAGGCUUUAGAAAUAUCUGGUCUCAUACAGAAUACUCGUAAUCAUUAUCUAUCAUGUUGGGAUAAAAUUAAUCAGUUAAUUGAAAUACAAUUACAAAUAGUUCGAGUUUCAUUGGAUCCUAAUUAUCAUCCAUCAACAAAUGCUCGACUACUAUACAAAUGUCAGGCAAAUAAAAUAAAUUUAACACGAAAAGAUAAAUUUUAUCCUCAAAGAAAGUCUAACAAUACAGUAUUCCUCAAUGAUGUUAUAAUAGACAAUAAUCGAUAUUAUUGUACUCAACAAGAUAACUUUAUAUCCUCUAAUCAAUUUACAAAUAAUGCCAAUUGCAACAGUAUUAAUACUACUAAUAAGUCAACAUUUUUCAGUAGUUUAUUCAACAAGAGAAAAAAAAUUGGAUUAGAAGUUAAUUUGAAAAGUUUUACUAAAGGCAAUAUAACACCAAGACAAUAUCAAUGGUUAAAAGCCAUAGAAAUACCAGAUAUUAUGAUGUUAUCAAGGGAAUUAGAUGAAAUUUUUUUAAAUUUCUUAACAAAUACACAAUUUCAAUUAUUGAACACAUGGUUAUUUGAUGAGAGUACAAUUGAAUUGGUUUUAUUAAAGUUUAUAACAAAGAUAUUUACUCAAUGGAAUAGUUUACAGUUCAUUACACGUAUACCAACUAGAUGGAAUAGAAGACGACAAAGUAUAUACACAUUUCUUAAAACAACUGAGAAUAUAUUCUCAGUAGAAAUUGGAUCAACUCUAGAAUUUCAAGAAUUUUUACAUGAAAUUCAUCUUUUAUGGUUAGGACUACUUCAUCCAAACAAAAUGAAUUCAAUAACUGUACAAUAUAACUACGAUGAAUCUAUCAGUCAGAAUACAGAUGUGAAGACAUUUUAUUAUCAAGAAAAAGAACUUGAAAAUUUAAUUCAUGAAUAUCAAAAAUUCAUACAGUUAUGUAAUUUGUGCAAAUUACAAGUACUGAAUAAUAGAGAUAAGCAGAGAGUUCCACUGGAUAGAUUUGUUUACUCAUCGGAAAAGAAAUCUAGUUCAAAUAAUGUAGCAAAACCAGUAGUGGAAGAAAUGAUGUCGACCUGUUCAACUGUAAACGCUGACAAUCUAGUGCAUAGAGAAGAUUUGAAAAACAGCUUACCAUUUUCAAAACUGUUCAACCGAUAUUCACAGUUAAGGGGACCAAAAAUGAAUCUACCUUUCUGGAAUAAUGAAUCUACUACUUAUUCAUCAGUCAAUGACAACAUGAAUGAUCUACGGAGAAAUUAUAACGUGAUUUCAUUUGACGAAGAAUCUUUUCCUGAACUGAACACUGGUGAUGAUAACAAAGGCCACAAUAGAACAACUGUCUCCAUCGUAGUUAACAAAGAUAAACGUAACAGGCUUUUAACAACAAUGGACUCUAACAAUGUAGCAACUGUUGAAAGUUGUAACUUGUUAGUAGAUAAUUUGAUUAGCUGUAAGAAGGAUUAUCAGUUAGACAAAAAACCGGAGAAUACUCAAUCAGUAGUUAAAGCUUCAAAAUCGGUUCAGUCUAAAAGAUAUCCAAUGUUUGAUAAAAAUAAUUCUCAACAUAUUGAUACUGAGAAUCUUAAUUUAAAGGGGAAUAAUACAAAUACUAAUAAAGAUGAUAAUGAAGGUGAUAAUAUCUCAGAAAUUAUUUUCACUUCUUCAGUUGAACAAUAUAUUUCACCAUUAUUAUCAUUAAAUGGAAUUAAUUAUUCAAGGGAAUAGUUUGUACCAGUAUUGGAAUGAUAUAAUGAUUUAGAAAAUGGAUACAAUCGAAUUGACAACAAGUUUAAGUCAAGAUUAACCGACAAGAUAAUAAUAUUCAUGAAACCUGAAAUAUUUGAAAGAAAUUUCAAUGUAAAAGUACUGAAUUUUGAUCAAUGUUUAAAAUUAUCAUCUAUUGUAGUAAAACAGAACAAUUGAAACCAUAAAGAACUUUUGAUUUGUAAACAAUUUGUGGUGUAGAUUUAAUAAAUAUAUAUGUCUUUGUU